AUGAUCGAUACCGCCAUCAUGAGCGGAAUUCCGAUCGCCGAGGACAAUAUCAUCAACCGACGCGGUGGUGAAUCGAUCUAUCAAAGCUGUGUCAACUUGAAACGUCGACUCUCAGAGGUGCCUACAUUUGAACCAUGGCUGGAAAAGAUGGACGACGAGGAUCGCGAGCGGGGAAACACAGACCCUGUAGCUGCGCUGUGGGGCUGCCUCCGUGAUGGUUAUCCCCUGCUCAGCAUCUACAAUGCGUCUGGUCCAGAUGAGCCGUUGGCUGUCGACCCAGUCAAAGUCCCCGAGGCGAAGCGUCCCAAAGCAGCCACAUUCAAAUUCCUGCAGGCAUGUCUGCAGGAUUUGGCCUUUCCUCAGCAAGAUUGCUUCUUAAUCACAGAUCUUUAUGGUGAAAGUACAACUGGUUUUAUAAAGGUGAUCAAGAUGGUUAAUCGCGUAGUGGAUAUCCUCGAGAUGCAAGGGCAACUCAAGCGCCCAUCUGUGACAGAUGCCCCGGACAAUGUACAAGGAGCUGUGAAGCUCACUAAACGCGAGCACAUUCUCAAGGAACUUCUGGAAACUGAGCGCGAUUAUGUCCACCAUUUGCAGAACUUGCAGGCCCUCAAGAAGGAACUGGAAGAGACUGGUGCUCUGACAGGUGAUGCAAGCCACUCAAUCUUCUUGAAUCUCAAUAACUUGCUGGAUUUUGCCCAGCGGUUCUUGAUUCGCAUGGAGCAACAUUAUGCUCUUCCCGAGAGUAUGCAAAACUGGGGCCUUCUAUUCUCGGCUAACGAAGACGCUUUUCAACAAUAUGAACCAUUCAUUGCGAAUCAAAUGCGUUGCGAUGAGGUUUGUAUGAAGGAAUGGGAUAAAAUUAAGAACGCACCCCGCCAUAUCGAUCUUCAGCAAAUGGUUGCGCAACCUAAGACAUUGAAUGGUUUCUUCGUCAAGCCCUUUCAGCGUUUGACUAGGUAUCCGCUCAUGCUAUCGGAGCUGCGCAAACAAUUGGAGGAUGAGCAACUCAAAGCAGAUAUCACGGGAGCCAUCGACUCCAUCCAGAACGCCCUCGACUCGGCUAAUGAAGCCAUUCACAAGGAACACUUGGCUGCAGCCGUAGUCGACUUGUCCGAGCGAGUAGAUGAUUGGAAGGCUCUUAAGAUGGACUCAUUUGGAGAGCUCCUUCGCUUUGGUACAUUUGCGGUGGUCAAGGGAGAUAGUGGAAAGGAUAACGAGAGAGAGUAUCACAUUUUCUUGUUCGAGCGCAUCCUUCUGUGCUGCAAAGACAUCAACCCGAAUAAGCAGAAAACAAAACUCAUGAUGAACAAAGACAAGCCAUCUCUUACAGCCAAAGGAAAGGCGCGUCUUCAGCUAAAGGGUCGAAUUUACAUGGCAAAUGUCACCGACAUUGUCUGUCUUCAAAAGCCCGGUCUUUACCGCAUUCAAAUUUUCUGGAAGGGUGAUCCCGGGGUGGUCGACAAUUUCAUUAUUCGUUAUGUGAAUGAAGAUACCAUGCGCAAUUGGUACAAGGAUAUCGAUACGCAACGGGCAAUUCAAUCGGAGCGACGCACUUUGCGGAAUACUGGCACCUCUGACAGCGAGUUUACCUAUAUGGAAAACAUGGCCAACAUACCGAAUCCAUACCAGCAAGAGUUUGAAACUGAUGAUGUGAACAAGGACGGGGCUUAUUACUCUGAAUUCCCAAUGAGUCGCAAUGCGUCCAGUACUAGUCUAAGAACUCGUUCAGCAACAGGUGGUAGCACCGGCUCCGUUCCACAUCCUAAUGGGCGGCCACGAUAUGCAGGAGGCACUGACCCGACAUUAUCUGUCCAUACCCAAUUCUCAGGUGCUGGCAACAUGUCACCCACUGACCGCAACAUGAGCUCAUAUUUUUCACCAACAGAGACCCCGUCCACACGUUCCAGUUCCCAGUCGACCGGGUUCUCAUUUGGCCGUCAAAAUACCAACUCUACUUCUGCAUCAUCAGUUUGGAACGAAGAAAGUAAUCGUUAUACCGCGCCAGCAUUGUCUCGGGCAACCUCAAGAGAUGGCAGCACACCCACAGGGUAUUUCCCCCCUCCGCAACCAAACGGCCGUGGUAAUCAGCGUCCAUCCUUGCCACCCCUUUCCGGGCCCCAGGCUGCUUCUAAUGGAACCGCUCAGCGCAUGCGCUCCGCUAGCAGCCCUGACAUCCAUCAUCACAACAAUUUACCUCCCGAGUCGCGUCGAUACAUGGGAGCCCACACAAUGCAAACGGUUGACAAUGUUCCUGUCCCGCCAAUCCCCGCACACAUGGCCAAUAUGAAAGCUCCAGUAAACCGAAGCCAGAAUAAUUCACCCACCAACAGUCAGCUUCCCAUUCGCACGCAGCCGCAUCACCCAACACACUUCUCGGAGCCAGAGUAUAACGAGUCUCGUAUUUCGGGUCAGCUCUCUGAACAUGCCACAUCCCCGUUGACUCAAGAGGCAGAUGGUGAUCCAUUUAUGCCGACGCAGCUGAAGGCAAAGGUCAACUUUGAUGAUAAUUAUGUGACGUUGGUGAUUGCGACUAAUAUCCUCUUCCGCUCCCUGACCGAUCGUGUGGAUGCCAAAUUGGCCCGGUUCACAAAUCGAUCCAUCGGCAAUAAGACUGUUCGCCUACGUUAUCGAGAUGAGGACGGCGAUUUCGUCACCAUUGACAGUGACGAGGCUGUUCAACUCGCCUUUAUGGAAUGGCGUGAGCAGCAUCGCGAUAUGCUAGCGAAGGGCCUUGUUGGUGAGAUCGAAUUGUACUGCCAAGUUGUGGAUUAA